UUAGAGGCAGAAAACAGGAAAAAAAAUAUUCUAAACCAAUGGCCUGCAGACAUAGUACAGGAGAUGACCAGAAACUGUGGACAUAGUACAGGAGAUGACCAGAGACUGCAGACAGUACAGGAGAUGACCAGAGACUGCGGACAUAAUACAGGAGAUGACCAGAGACUGCGGACUGCAGUACAGGAGAUGACCAGAGACUGCGGACACAGUACAGGAGAUGACCAGAGACUGCGGACAUAAUACAGGAGAUGACCAGAGACUGCGGACAUAGUACAGGAGAUGACCAGAGACUGCGGACACAGUACAGGAGAUGACCAGAGACUGUGGACAUAGUACAGGAGAUGACCAGAGACUGCGGACAUAGUACAGGAGAUGACCAGAGACUGCAGACACAGUACAGG